GGGGCAUUGAGGGGCAGGGUGGGGAUCGGGCAGGGGCUCUUGGAUGGACGCACGGUGCUCGUGUGUCGCACAGCUCGUAGCGUGCGCCCUCUGUCUGCAAGCCUCUGCUUCGCACCUCAUCCUGCCAAUCCGCUAUAACAUGCUUCCUCAGUCUCACUCUUGUUGCUGCACUUCUCCUCAUUCUCCUCAAUAGCAGCACCCGUCUCCCAUCAUGGCACGCUGGGAACGCUCGGGAAUCGCAUCGAUUGUGCACACGGCCGUCUUGUGCGGCGUCUUCGUGCUCCUCCUUCUCGCGACUCUCUCCAUUCCCAUCCUCCACUGGGCGUAUCUUACUGUCGAAGGGAACGGGUACACUGUGACACUUGGGACAUUUGGGUGGUGUCGUACAGGCGGCAAGGCGGGCGACUUCUGCAGCGGCCGCUCGAUGGGUUACAAUGUCCAGGAGGCGGUGCUCCUCACCUUCCCUGAGCGGAGUGGCGUCACGGUCCGCGAAUGGUUCAACAUGGCGAGCAACGGUCUCAUUGCGAUUGCGGUUACUGCUGGCAUUGCGGGUCUCGCAACUCUGACCUCGCUUCUCGGCAAGACAUCCUUCGCGCUGAUCUGGUCCACCCUCUUGGGCAUGAUCACAUGCGUCCUCGCCACCGGCUGCGUCAUCCUCAACGGGAUUCUCUUCACUGCACUCAAGCGUGACGUCCUCUUAGGCGGCGCUACUUCCGCCACCCUCGGCAUGGGAUACUGGUUCGUGAUCGGCGCGUGUGCAGGCUCCUUCGUCGUACCGGUGCUCGCGGUCAUCGAGUGCUGCGCGGGCCAAAUCAAGCGUUGGCGCGAGCCCAAGGGCGAGUAUGUCAAGAUCGACACGCCUGCUGAGAACACACGCAACAGCACAUAUCGGCAGAGUGCGUACGAGCUGCCCCUGUUCGACUUGGGGCAGGCGCAGCAGGCACAGGCCAAUAUUGGCGAGUUGGGGACGAGGACGGACGCACCGGCCAACCCGAGUCCUGUCAGAACGAGCGUCUAGAUGACGGUGACAAGGGUCCGGGACGUCGCCGCGAAAAGGGGGCAUCGUGGCUUGAUGGACAGAGGUUCUGGAGAUCUGGAGGUGAGAUGAGAUGGUGACGGAUAGACGGCGGCGAACAAUCUGUGUAUCCCAUGAAGUGAGCGCGGGCGUAGAUGGAACGUAGAGAUAGACUGUGUAUGUCAGCUUAGCUGUAAUUGUUGCG